GUUAACAAAACCAGACCUCGUCCGCCUCCACCGGCGUCGCGGAGAGAUCCUAAACCCUAGAGAAGGCAAACCCCCCCUACUUCCUCUCGCCGCCGCGCCGCCGCCGCUGCCGCUGCCAUGGCUCCACCUCCAGCACCUGCAACCACGAGCGCCGCCAAGCGGUCGAAGAAGCGGAAGCAGCCCGUCGCCCCCACGCCGGAGCCGGAGCCGGACUCCGAUACGGAGGACUUGUCCUACGACACCCCCGCGGCCGACGAGGAGGAGGCGCCGGACCAGAUGGAGGAGCAGGAAGAGGAAGAUGAAGGGGAAGAGGAGGAGCAGGAACAGCAACACGAUGGAAAGAAGAAGGAGAAGAAGGAGAAGAGCAAGGAGAAGAAGAGGAAGAAGAAGGGGAGCGAGGGGGGAUCGGGGAUUCUGACAAACAUGCUGUUCUCAGAGCUCGGCGUCUCCGAGCCCACUGCCAGAGCCAUCAGGGAGAUGAACUACACCUACCUAACCCAGAUUCAAGCCAGGUCUAUACCACACCUGUUGCAAGGGAGGGACGUGAUGGGUGCGGCCAAGACUGGUUCAGGGAAGACCCUUGCCUUCCUCAUACCAGCAAUCGAGAUGCUUCACCAUGCGCAUUUCAUGCCAAGGAAUGGGACUGGAGUUAUUGUUGUUUGCCCAACAAGGGAACUUGCCAUCCAGACACACAAUGUUGCCAAGGAAUUAAUGAAGUAUCAUUCACAAACUCUUGGGUAUAUUAUUGGUGGUAAUGGCCGUAGAGGUGAAGCAGAUCAGCUUGCAAAGGGAGUCAAUUUAUUGGUUGCUACACCAGGAAGACUUUUGGACCAUCUUCAGAAUACCAAGGGAUUCAUAUAUAGACGGCUAAAGUGCCUUAUAAUUGAUGAAGCUGAUCGUCUACUUGAGCAGAACUUUGAGGAGGAUAUGAAACAGAUAUUUAAACGCAUUCCUCUGAAUAGACAGACAGUUCUUUUUUCUGCUACACAGACAGAACAGGUUAAAGAAUUUGCUAAGUUGUCAUUUGAGAAAAACGAAGAAAGUACAACAAAACCUGUUUAUGUCGGUGUUGAUGAUGGUGAAACCAAUGCUACUGUUGAGGGCUUACAGCAAGGAUAUUGUGUCAUUGAUAGUGCAAAAAAGUUUUUGGUUCUUUAUGCUUUCCUAAAAAAGAAACAGAACAAGAAGGUCAUGGUGUUCUUCUCAUCGUGCAAUUCAGUCAAGUUCCAUGCAGAACUUCUAAAUUUCCUCCAGAUUGAAUGUUCUGAUAUCCAUGGAAAACAAAAGCAGCAGAAACGUACUACAACAUUCUUUAACUUCUGCAAGGCAGAAAAGGGUAUCUUACUAUGCACUAAUGUGGCAGCACGUGGACUUGAUAUUCCUGAUGUGGAUUUCAUCGUGCAAUAUGAUCCUCCAGAUGAACCAAAGGAUUAUAUUCACAGAGUUGGACGUACUGCACGUGGUGAAAAAGGCAAAGGAGAAGCACUUUUGUUUUUACUGCCACAAGAACUGAAGUUUCUUGUCUACCUGAAGGCUGCUAAGAUUUCCCUGACAGAAUUAGUGUUCAAUGAAAACAAAGUUCCAAAUUUGCAAUCGCACCUUGAGAAUAUUGUUGGUGAGAACUACUUCUUGAAUCAGUCAGCUAAAGAAGCAUACAGAUCCUACAUUUUGGCAUACGACUCACACUCAAUGAAAGACAUCUUUGAUGUUCAUAAACUCGAUCUGAAGCAUGUGGCGGCGUCUUUCUGUUUCAAGAACCCACCAAAGGUGAACAUCGAUUUGGAGAGCUCUGCAUCCAAACACCGGAGGAAGAUGAGGAAAGUGGAGGGUGGAAAGAGACACGGCAUCAGCGCUGCAAAUCCCUACGGGAGAAAAGGUGGUGAUGACAAGAGACAGUUUUCAAGAUUCUAGAAAUGCUCAAUAUGAGUCCCAAAGGCCCCCCUGGCCCUAUGAAAAUUUUGAUAGGUAACUUAUAAUAUCGCAGCAUGCUGUAACACAACUAUUAUAUCCCAACGAUGGAUUCACCUAGUUUAGCACUCAAGAUAGAGAAAUGAGAGCGAAACUGUGUACCAAAAUCAUUGCUGGU